CGGCUGCAGAGAGGCCGGAGCUGUGAUUAUCCAUCCAUCCAUCCAUCCAUCCAUCCAUCCAUCCAAAAAGCGUCUCCGCACCUUCCGCAGCAUGCUGAGCAGGAAGGGCUCCUGUGCGGCGGUGAUGGCGAGCCCCGCGGCCGGACUGGAGCGCGGCAGGGUCCGGGAGCGGCUGCAGGCUGCGCUGGCCGGGCUGCAGGAGCUGCGCCUGCUCCGGGACCGGCACGGAGGCAUGGUGAGCUGGGCCCUGCAGCUGGACCGAGAGGAGCCGGUCACCGCGCUGCGCGCCGACCCGGUGGAGGCGGAGGAGCAGCGGCUGGAGGCGACCCUGGCCGCCCUGAAGCAACAGCUGUCUCGUCUGCGGAAGCAGGAUGUCGGCCUGAAGACUCACCUGCAGCAGCUGGACCAGCAGAUCAGUGAGCUGAAGUUGGAUGUAAAUAAGACCUCCAGUGAUCAGCUGGAGAGUGACAGCAGGCCUAGCUCAGGUUUCUAUGAGCUGAGCGAUGGUGGCUCCUGCUCCCGGUCCAACUCCUGCACUUCUGUUUACAGCGAGUGUCUGUCAUCCUCCCAAACAAGCCUCAUUCCCCUGAGCCCAACCAGCUGUCACAUUAGCCCCCCACCACAAGUUGAUGUUUGCUGCCGGCGCUCUGCCGAUGAGAGCCCCGGCCAGCCCAACCCUCCACGGGCCACAGGCCUCCAUCUUGGCAGCAGCAGGAUCCGAGCAAGUGCUGCAGGCGCAGAUCAGACACGACAGAGACCAGUGUCAACAGGAGAUCUUGAAAGAAUAAUGGCCCAAGGAUUGGGCUGCGUCAGAUCCACGGAUGCAAAGAAACCCCAAGUGUGCCCGAAACAGAAGACCUUCCCACUGGACCCCAAAUUCCAGCGCAAUCUAGAGUCCUGUGGCGGGGCUGAAGCUUACCAGUACCCCAGUCCCCUGCAUGCCGUGGCUCUCCAGAGCCCCAUCUUUUUCCAUGGGGGUGAAGACGGGGCAUUGGCACUCCUAGAGGGCCAGGGAGUCAACGGUUAUGACUCUCUUGAGAUGGGCUACAAAAACAAGACCCUGGGUUACAUUGACAAGCUUCUCCAGCAGCGCACCUUGAGCAAAAACCAAAUCAAUGCAGGUGCAGAAACAGUGGAGACACAGGACAGCUAUCACGUGAACCUGGCCGAAAAUGGGAAUGUGCCCUUUGAAGUGUCCCCAAAGCACGAGUCCAUUCUAAGUCCUCCUCAAACCAAGACCAAAACCUCUCCAGUGAACAGUGACCAGAAAAGGCACUUCAUGGCAUACUCCAUUCAAGAGCCUGGUGGCAGGAGAAGCCAGGAGUCACUGAGAGCACCAGAAAUGCAAUACAGGUACCCCUACCAGGCUGCCACGAAGGAGUACAGCUCUGAUGAGGUUGCAUACUCAACCCUGAAGAAAAACGACGGUCUCCAAACAGAGAACCCAAGUUUACAGAGGAACCACUCUGAUAAAAACUGUGGAGACGAUCCAGAGAUGAUGAAGCGACACUGGCAAAGGCCGGUUGUUGCUCACGCUUUAAGCACAGAGGAGAGUCAAAGCUUUGAGGUCCAGAGUAGUCACACAGGCUCUCCUGAGUUUGUCCAUGCCAAGUUUGUCCCCGCCUCCUCGCAGAGGGUCAAGGUCAGGCAAGCGGACCGUAAAACAAAGGCUGUGAAAAUCAAGCGAAAAGGCUCAGACAAGCCCCGGGUGUUGAGACAACAGCACAGCUUUUCGUCCGGUGAACGCGCCAAGGAAGUCGGCGCAGGAGCCAAGGGGGAGCAGAAGAGAUCGGGCAAAGGAAAAGCCAGCGAGAGAGGCAGCACCUGGCAAACCCAGGAGCACAGACAGCGGUCUGGCUCCGACUCCAGCCUCUACAGUCCUGGACUCAAAAUCACCCACAAGGUCCACCCUAAACCGCAUCCAGUCCCUGCUUCCACAAAGCUCAGCAAAAACCGGAGACCACAGUGCGUAGAGUACGAGCAUCCAGUUGAGCAAAGAAAAAGGAGACAGGCAGCCCCCAAAUGGCUAACUGAUGCAAACAUAUACCAGGCCCCCUUUGUCCAGCACCAGAGGUUAAAGGAGCAUCAUGCUCGGGCAAUGGAGAACAUUCAGAUGGUCCGGAAUAUCAGCUCCAAGCCAGGUCACUGGAUGGGACCUUCACACCCUUUCCACUUCCCCAUGUCCUCCAAUUCUUUCCUCCAAAGUCUUAACACCAGGUACCCCCCAGCACCCUUCCAGAUGAGCAGCUACUACCCACCCAGAUGUGAGUCUGAGUACUCGGCAGAGUGCGCCUCGCUGUUCCACUCCACCAUCGCCGAAAGCAGCGAGGGCGAGACGAGCGAUAACACCACCAACCGCUUCGGAGACAGCGAGUCCAGCCAGAGCUCCAAUUCCUUCUCAGACUCCGACAGCAGCCUGUCCCUGGACGAGGGGGACCAGGCGGAGAUACAGGAGGAGGAGGAGGGGGGUCUGGUGUGGGCCGAGGCAGCGCUGGGGCCCACCGCAGCUGGACAGCCCCUCCGCCAGCUCCCACCGCGCCCCGAGCCUUCGGCCUGCCGCAUCAAAGCCUCCCGAGCCCUGAAGAAGAAGAUCCGGCGAUUCCAGCCGGCCUCCCUGAAGGUCAUGACCCUGGUGUAGAUAAAAGGUGCCCUGCAGCAAGAAUGAAAACUCCUGGGAAAAAAAGCCCUCGGUGCGCUGGGAGCCGCUUUAAAACGUAGUUUGGACAGAUCUAAUGAGGUCACUCAGACCAACACCCUUAAUCUGAGCUGGACUGCAUUCAUGUGCUGAUUGUUUGGUUCAGACAUGAAGAAUGAGAUGGUAUGAAAGCAUGUAUAACACUAUAAUCACAAUUAAGCUUAGUGCUGCAAGACUUCUGUCGCUCUAAUUCAACUGUUUAAACACAUUUCUGUCUUUUUAUAUUUUUACCUUUUCUUUUGGUGAGUAACCGUUUUCUGUUCUGCUUUAGUUUCACUUACGCAUUGUAAUUAUUGAUGUUUGACUUCUGAGAAUAAACGCAUAUUUAAUUAAAA